AUAAAAAUUACAAAGAUGAUUAUAGACGCGUAUACGCAGGAUAUGGGAAUGGGAAUUAUACAAAUGUAUAGAAUCAUAAAAAGGACCGAAACUCCUUUUCUUUUUCUCGUUAAAAAAAGCAUUUCCUUCUCUUUAUUUUGUCUUUGUUCUCCUUCUCUCUUCUCACUAUCCUCUUUGAUUCUGUGCUCUCUUCACGUUUCUCUUUGGUCGUCUGGUUUCCUAUCUUUCGUUUUGCCCCUUUAUUUUUUUUUGAUUCCCCACCAAGUUUCCCCUAAAAAUCCAUCAAACUUUAUUAAAGAAGGAAGAAAUAAUAAAGGGUAUAGAAGAACAAUGGUUUUCUCAUCCAAUUGGUCACAGCCUACGAAUUCAAACCAUCAUCAGCAUCAGCUUCACGAGAAUGGAAGUUUAGUGAGCGGCCACGGACUACUUUCUCAACAACUUCCACCUUGCCCACCAAACCCUAACCCUAACAACCACUAUGCUGCUGUCGCCAGUGGUCUUCCGGCGAGGCUUGGUGGAUCCAUGGCUGAGAGAGCGAGGCAGGCCAAAGCUCCUCCACCUGAGGGGGCCCUAAAGUGUCCUCGAUGCGACUCCAUCAACACUAAGUUCUGUUACUACAACAAUUACAACCUUACUCAGCCUCGUUACUUCUGCAAGGCUUGCCGCCGCUACUGGACACGUGGCGGCGCCCUGAGGAACGUCCCCGUGGGUGGUGGCUGCCGGAAGAAUAGCAAAAAGGGUAAAAAUGGCAACUCAAAAUCUUCAUCUUCGUUGUCCAAACAGUCUUCUUCCACGGUCAACGAUCCAAGUUCCAACUCAGGACAGCUAAGGACAAACUAUCAGUUCCCGUUUUUACCAACUCUUCACAAUCUCACUCAACUAGGAGGUAUCGGUUUGAAUUUAGCUGCCACUAAUGGCAACAACCAAGGCCACGAGAUUGGUUCGAGUUUGAUGAACGAUCUAGGGUUUCUUCAUGUCGGAAAUGGACGAAACAUAGCAGCUCCGAUUAGUGGAAACAUUCAUGACAACAACAAUAACGGUGCAAGCAGCCUAAUGGGCCACUUCAGUCUCUUCGAUCCAACGACGGGGCUACACGCUUUCCAGAACGGUGGAAAUAUCGUAAACAACGUCGGAAUAUCUUUUUCAUCUACUUCCAUGGUUGAUUCUAGGGCUUACCAGGCUGCCCCAGUGAAGAUGGAAGAACAACCCGGUUUGGUUAACUUGUCUAGACCGGUUUCCGGUUUGGUUAACUUGUCUAGACCGGUUUCCGGUUUGACUUCUCCUGGGAACUUAACAAACCAGUACCUUUGGAACAGUUCAGAUUUCUCGGGUCCUUCUUCUAACGAUCACCACCAACUCUUGUGAGAUUUAGUGUAUCUGUUGGAUCGUUAAUAUUAAUGUAUGUUACGACGAAACGGUCAUGAUCAAAUGCAUGCAGAGUACGUGUGUGGGACAAUAAUGGUGGAGACGUAUUCUGAUACGUACAAACUAAAAGGUAUCGCAAUCAGAGUUUGUGGUUCUUCAAUUUAAGAUCGAUACUUAUGUAUAAUCAGGUGAGUCAUUUGUUUUGUAUUAUGUGGUUUCAUGGUAAGUCUGAUUCUGAAGUUGCUAUGUCUCUCAACGAAUUCGUGUCGUGUGUGUAGUGUAACUGUCCAAUUUUUAUACGUUUUUAAACUAAAUCUCAUGGAAUAUAUAAUGUUUUCAGCUAUAAUCAUUUUAUACUCGAUUUCCGUUUAUGGCUAUAUAUAGUAUAUAGGUUUGCCUCAUCCCAAAGCGAGUAGUGAACACUACUAUAAUGAUUUAUCGUUUAUUGAUUAUAAUUAAGAAAGUCUUAUAAUAAUACAGUAAAAGCUAAGGAUAAUUCAUAAAAGUAAAAAAAAGGUUGCUGACAAAGGAACUGAUCAUGCAAAUCUGUGUCUCUCUGGAUGCUACGUUGUAAAACUUCCGGAAUACGAGGGGAAGUUUCUCUCAAGUCUUUCUUCCCACCAAACCUCAGUCUCCUCAACCUGACCGUCUGAACCUCGUCUCCGGUGGCCGGCGGUGGUCGUUAGUCGUCGGUCACCACCCCAAAUCGCUCCCUCCAUCCAACCUCACCCCUAUCGAGCUCUGUUUUCUCCACCUCCUCCUUGCUUCAUCACCUCUGGUUUUUCGUUAGGAUAGUGGCCGGAUCCGGCGAAUCAAACCGGUUUCUGGGUGUGUACCCAGCCUCCCUGGAGUGAUGGCGAGGUCGUGGAUGUUCAGAACUCUUCAGGAGGCACCGUUUAGAAAGUAGAUCUAGGGUUUGGCUCUCGGUGGAUCUGGGUCAGUUUCACCUUGGAGGGUUCGCCGGAGCUUCAGUGUGUCGCUGCCGCUGCGUCUCUGGUCAGCCUUGCUGCCUCCUCUGUCUACCCCUGUCUCUGUCUUCGGUUGCUCUAGCUAGAACUUUUCCGUGUAGAUCUUCGGGUCUAAGACGAAAAGCAAUGUUUUGAGGGCUUCGCCGGAGACUUCUUUUCCGUUAUGUCUUCACAACAACUACCAUGGCGUCGGAUGGUCUCGGAUCCUUAGGUGGUUCGAGAUAGCUCAGGGAUUUCAGUUCUCUGCUUUGUCUCUGCCUUCUGUUGGGUUCCCUCAUCUUUUUGCAUGUUGAUGGGAGCUCAAACCUCCCCCGAUUUCAAAGUUUCAGAAAGAAUUUGACUUCCACUUCCUGCCCUUUUCGAAGCUAAGCUGCCAGAUCUUUCAGUGCUCUGCUUGUUUGCCGGGACCGGAGUCGAGCCGUAUAACCUCCGCUUCCGCCAGCCUGUAUCUCACUCGUGCUUAUCUGCUGGCGUCUUCGCUUCGGUUUGGAUUUCUCAGAGAGUUGGUCUUGUCGUUUUCUGGAGUAAGCUUCGUCUGGAGUGGACUUCGCUAGUUGUGAUGGCCGGACCAGGACUUAGUCAACCCUGCUUUGCCUGUCCUCCUUUUGGAGUCGCCUUUGGGAUGGUCUGCGGUGCCUCGGACUGUUCUCCGGUUGUGAACUCUAAUGACCGCCUCUCUUGUUACAGGUUUCCGGUUGCAAGAUCAUGUUGUGGUCUCCUGAUACUUAAUGGUUGCUAGAAAUUCGUACUCUGCAAAGCUUUAGUCAUGUCUCUAGAGAGUGUGGCUAAACCUUGGUUUGUUUUAAAGAGUCUUUUUUACCUUUUUUUGUGGCUAUCUCUAACACAUUUGCUUUAACUAGCGCUUUAGAUUUCUAGGAUUUGAUUUCUUCAAACUCUUGUAAUCUCUCUGUGUCAUUACCAGUUAAUGAAAUUAACAUACUUAACAAAAAAAAAAAAAAAACUUCCGGAAUACUCUUUUUCUCAUAUUUUUAGGAGCUUCCUUUUCUUUUACAGUCUUCUUGUACGAAUCUGUGUGUCAGACUGUCUUGUGUGGGUGCAUGAUCCUCUAUUGAUAUUCGUUAACCAAAUAUAUGUAAACAUGUAUAAAAUUUCUGCAUGGAUAAAAGCAUAUUUACGUAUAGUUUUUUCAUACUGUUAAAAAAAAGUAUAAUUGCCAGAUCUCCAUAUAUCAACGUUGUUUUUUUGGGACAAAAUAUACGGUGUUGUUAUACACACAUACGACAGACUCAAGGUGAGACCAACCUAGUUUAUAUAUAGAUUCUAUAAUUUUAUUGUUCUAUAAAGAAUUGUUAACUAUGAAUUGCAUUUUAAUUGACUACUCAUAGUUUUUUUUUCUUGUUGAACAAAACUACUUAUAGUUGGCUUACUGUAAUCUGUCUCGGAUCACAGUGAGUCAAAUGUGACAAGCUUGGCGUCUAAUUUACUAUGGAUAUUGCAUUUGAAGAAAAAUAUCUUGAACUUAGUAGCUAGUAUGCAACGAAAACAAUAAUUUACCAAUGAUACAAGAUAUGAAACGAUAAGAAAAAUGUGGAGAAAACGUUAAACAAAGAUUGACACGGAAAACAAUGCGUGCUGAUAUUUUUAUGUCCUGAGCAUGACCCCCCAACUUUUAUAUUCCCACUUAACGGUAGGGUUAAAUCAUUCGAAAUGCUUUUUUGACUCUACCCUUUUUAUUGUACUGACUUGUUUUCCCAAAUUUAAAUGUGCGUAUCCAAUAACUAGUGUGUAUUUUAAUUGAAUUGAAACACUGUUCCUCUUGUAUGAUAAUUAUGCAGUAGGAGAACCAAAAACAAAACCAAAUAGUUAGUACAGAUAGACAAACGCUAACCUGACUGCUGCAUGGAACAAGCGGUCAAUGAAUUUUGUGGGACGUUAAUUGAUUGUUGAUGUUGACCCAACGCCACUGAAAUGGACUGAUUCUUUCUCCUACGAACAAAACGAACUGUAGUAGUCAAACUUCGUUGGAACAUCUUUCUUUUAUAUGGUGUGAUUGAACUAAUUUAAUGACAUCAAAGGGAUAGAAAAUUGGUUUCUUUCUCUAUUAAAAUUAGAAGAUUUAGUUAAAAUUUGUGGUAGCAGUCAAAAAGCCAGCCCAAAAGGGUAAAAACUAAGAGCAUCAUUAUCGCCGUGCCUUAAGAGCAAGAUUAACGCUGAAACCCACAUGAGAUUUAUUUUAUUUUUUUAUUUUUUAUUUUUUUUGUCUGAGUAAAAAAAAAAGAAAAAAUUAAAGACCAACCAAUUGCGAGCCGUCACGUGUCAGUGGGGCCCGCAAACAGAUCAAAAACUCACCAAACAGCGAUCUUUAUUUUGACUUUCAUGUAACCGAUUUUUUUCUUUUUUGUGGCUCCCCAACCUAAAAACCCCGCUAAAAACUCAUUUCCCCUCCGGAUAAUCCUGGACGUCUCUUGAAGUAUUUUGGAUUAAAAAAUAAAUAAAAAAAAUACAUAAUUAUAGAAGAAUGUGUCUUAAUUCGGGUCAGGAAGGAAGAGGCGUUUCUUGUUGAUACGCGUAAGCGUUUGAGAGGUCAGAGUGUUUCUCUCUCUCUCUCGGGAAAGUUCUCUCCCGGUUGGAACCUCCAAUCCGAAGACGGCACGAAGAGAAGAGAUGAAGCUGCGGAGGAGACGAUAAGCUGCAGAGGAGAGAUGAGACGAAGCUGCGGAGGAGAGAGCUUCGGAUGGAUGAGGUGCUUGCAUCUGUUGCUGAGACGAUCAAGAACUUUGCGGUGGACAUCACCGGUAGUUGAGCCCUGAAACCUCAACCCCAGUCUCAUCCAUAUCUCCAUCAUCCCCGAGCUCUCCGAGUUCCCCAUCUUGCUUCCAGAGCUCUGACGCAUGGCCGCACGCUUCUGGAACAGAGUAGGCUGCGCACCAGACGAUGCCAACACCUCUAGAGGCUUCAGAACUUUCGGUCUGCUCUCGCUCGACUCCCAAACCCCUUCCAGCUCCACCCACCUCCGCCGCCGCAUAAGGGCGGUGGGUUGUUGUUUUCCGGCGGUAGAAGCGACCGAGCAGAUAAGAAGUCAGGGACGGAGCUUCCCAGCUGCAGCAUCUGGAGAUCUUGUGGAUGUGGUUGGUUAUUACUGAACCAAUCACCACCACUUUCAAGCAUAGGUUCCACACUUCAACACCAUGUACGAGCUCUACGAUCCUUCGACGGUGAUGUUCUUCUUUAGGAGAAACAUCAAGUAAAACCAAAUUUCCUCCAUCGGGUCACGCUUUAAGGUUGGUCAUCUUGGGGAAGAGUAUCAGGAAUGGCUUCCAGUUGUCUGCUACGUUCUUUCAAUCUCCGCGAGGAAGGGACUGACAUUUCCCCGGAUCGGUUUAAUAGUUGCCUUUGCCGUACUCAUCUGGACACUGCUCGAGUACACGCUUUCAUCGCUUCCUUUUCCACAUAGAAACCAAGAGCUAUUGGUUAGUUCAAUAUCAUUGAUCAAUUUGAAGUUUUUUUAUUGUGCAUUGUGGUAAAAUUUGUUGUAAUGAAAGUGUUUUAUAAUUUUUUUUUAAGAGCCCAUAAUCAAGAGACUUGCAUUAAACCA